GUGCGGUGAAUGUGCGGCUCCACUGGGCUUGAACGUUGCGAUGAUACGAGACACCUCUGCGGUAGGCUACACACCUAUCAGAGAGCAAAAUAGCCGAGAAACACCCUCAAGACGCUCCUCCGCACACAUUUAACCAUUCGGAGCGCAACCGGAAGGAAAAAGGGCCGUGAUCCUUGGUCGUCUUUGUAACCGAUCACCGAGGUGUGGUUUUGAGUGGGGGUCAUUUUCAAGGGUCUCCCACCACCACCGCAAAGAGUGGGAAGCAUAUAUGCCUUUAACUCCAACUGGGGUGUCAAUAAACAGUUCAAAGCACUCUCAGGGAGGGCAGAAUAACAUACGUCAAAUGCUUGCUGCAAGAAUAUAGUGCCAGCAGUAUCAUGUCCAGGCCAAUAGGGGGCGGUGUGAACGAUGUCACGCGCUUCCUCACGUUGGGGGUGGUUCCAGGUUCACCCACCACCAACGCACCCAUGUUCUCUGCCGCCAGCCAGGCCGACUGGGCCGCUAAGCGUCUGAUAUGGGUGCCAUCAGAGAAGCAUGGCUUCGAGUCGGCCAGCAUCAAGGAAGAGCGCGGUGACGAGGUGGAGGUUGAGCUGAGCGACAGCCAGAAGCUGCUGACGCUGUCCAGGGAGGAGGUGCAACGGAUGAACCCACCGCGCUUCAGCAAAGUGGAGGACAUGGCCGACCUUACUUGCCUCAAUGAAGCGUCGGUGCUGCACAACCUGAGGGAGAGAUAUUACUCAGGCUUGAUCUAUACAUAUUCAGGCCUCUUCUGCGUAGUGGUGAACCCCUACAAGAACCUGCCCAUCUACACCGAGUCCAUCGUGGAGAUGUAUCGAGGCAAAAAGCGCCACGAGAUGCCGCCGCACAUUUACGCCAUAUCUGAGGCGGCCUAUCGAAGCAUGCUGCAAGACCGGGAAGAUCAGUCAAUCCUAUGCACCGGCGAAUCUGGCGCAGGCAAAACGGAAAACACAAAGAAAGUCAUUCAGUAUCUGGCUCAUGUCGCUUCUUCUCACAAGGGUGCUACUCCGAAUAGGAACAAAGAAGCUUUACAGAUGGACGGCUCUCGCUCCUUAACCAGGGGCACCACUUUGGUGAACAAGAUUAUGCAAUAUGGUGAGCUUGAGAGACAGCUACUGCAAGCCAACCCCAUACUGGAGGCCUUCGGCAAUGCGAAAACUACCAAGAAUGACAAUUCCUCAAGAUUUGGUAAAUUCAUCCGCAUUAAUUUUGAUGUGGCGGGGUACAUCGUUGGUGCCAACAUUGAGACCUACCUCCUGGAAAAGUCCCGGGCCACCCGUCAGGCCAAAGAGGAGAGGACAUUCCACAUAUUUUACCAGAUGUUGCAUGGAGCUUCUGAGGCAACUAAAUUGGAUCUGCUCUUAGGAACUGCCGACGAGUACCGCUUUCUCAGUGGGGGUACCAUAACUGUUCCUGGUCAGAGUGAUGCAGAAAACUUCACCCAGACUAUGGACUCCAUGGCCAUAAUGGGCUUCAACCCAGACGAGCUGAUGUCCAUGCUGAGGGUGAUCUCCGCUGUGCUCCAGUUUGGGAACAUUUCCUUCACAAAGGAGAAGAACCACGAUCAGGCGUCCAUGCCUGACAACACGGCGGCUCAGAAACUGUGCCACCUGCUGGGCAUCAACGUGCUGGAGUUUACCCGAGCCAUCCUCACGCCGAGGAUCAAAGUGGGUCGGGAGUACGUGCAGAAGGCCCAAACAAAGGAACAGGCUGACUUUGCCGUGGAGGCCCUGGCCAAGGCCACAUACGAGCGCCUGUUCAGGUGGCUGGUGCACAGGAUCAACAGAGCUUUGGACCGCAGACAGAGGCAGGGAGCCUCCUUCAUCGGCAUUCUAGACAUUGCGGGAUUCGAGAUCUUCCAGCUGAACUCUUUUGAGCAGCUGUGCAUCAACUACACCAAUGAGAAGCUGCAGCAGCUCUUCAACCACACCAUGUUCAUCCUGGAGCAGGAGGAGUACCAGCGGGAGGGCAUCGAGUGGAACUUCAUCGACUUUGGCCUCGACUUGCAGCCGUGCAUUGAUCUCAUUGAAAGGCCGGUUCACCCACCUGGUGUUCUGGCCCUGCUGGACGACGAGUGCUGGUUCCCUCGAGCUACAGACCAAUCAUUCGUUGAAAAACUGACCAGUCAGCAAGGCAGCCAUCCCAAAUUCUUCAAAUCCAAGCAACCGCGCGGCGAGGCCGACUUUUCCAUCAUCCACUAUGCUGGCAAGGUUGACUACAAGGCCAAUGACUGGUUGGUAAAGAACAUGGAUCCCCUGAACGACAACGUGGCGUCCCUCCUUCACCAGUCAUCUGACCAUUUUGUCUCCGAACUGUGGAAGGAGGAUAUUCAAACUCUACCUCGUGUCUACUUCUUUGACUCCUAUACCACACUGCAGGCAAAUGGCUCCGACAUGGACCGCAUUAUAGGUCUGGACCAGGUCUCGUCAUCAGGUGAGAAAAGCGGGACAGUAGCGUUCGGCGCAUCGGGACUGAAGACCAAGAAGGGAAUGUUCAGGACCGUGGGCCAGCUCUACAAAGAGUCCCUUGCUAAGCUGAUGGCCACGUUGAGGAACACCAAUCCCAACUUCCUGCGCUGCAUCAUUCCCAACCACGAGAAGAGGGCUGGCAAACUUGAACCGCAAUUAGUUUUGGACCAGCUGAGGUGCAACGGUGUCCUGGAGGGCAUCCGUAUCUGCCGACAAGGCUUCCCUAACCGCAUCCCGUUCCAGGAGUUCAGACAGAGGUAUGAGAUUCUGACUCCUAAUGCUAUUCCUCGCACCUUCAUGGACGGAAAACAGGCGUCAGAACUCAUGAUCAAAGCUUUGGACCUGGAUCCCAAUCUGUUCCGGGUGGGUCAAAGCAAAGUGUUCUUCAGAGCUGGCGUGCUGGCUCACCUGGAGGAGGAGCGAGACUUAAAGAUCACAGACACCAUCAUACGCUUCCAGAGUGCGGCUAGGGGUUACCUUGCACGCAAAGCCUUCAUGAAGAAACAGCAGCAGCUGAGUGCUCUUAGGGUGAUGCAGCGGAACUGUCAUGCUUACCUCAUACUCAAGAACUGGCAGUGGUGGCGGCUUUUCACCAAGGUGAAGCCGCUGCUACAGGUGACUCGGCAGGAUGAGGAGAUCCAAAUCAGAGAAUCUGAGCUGGUGAAGGUCAAAGAAAGACUUACCCGAGCGGAACAGGACUUCACCGACCUGGACAAGAAACACAUUCAGCUGAUGGAGGAGAAGGCAGUGCUGGCCGACCAGCUGCAAGCCGAAGCGGAGCUGUUUGCAGAAGCCGAAGAGAUGCGGUCCAGACUGGCCAGUCGCAAGCAGGAGCUGGAAGAUGUGCUCACUGAGCUGGAGAGCCGCUUGGAGGAGGAGGAAGAGAGGGGCGGGCAGAUGAGCAACGAGAAGAAGAAAAUGCAGCAGAAUAUUCAGGACCUGGAGGAGCAGCUAGAAGAGGAGGAAAGUGCCAGACAGCGCCUUCUGCUGGAGAAGGUCUCCUUGGAGACCAAAGUCAAAAGUCUAGAGAGUGACCUUCUUGGUGCAGGGGAGCAGAGAGAUCGCCUUGGCAAGGAGAAGAAGCAACUGGAGGAGCGUCUGAGCGAGGUGACCGACCACCUCACCGAAGAGGAGGAGAAGAGCAAAAGUCUGAACAAACUCAAGAACAAACAGGAGGCCAUCAUCGCCGACCUAGAAGAUCGUCUAAAGCGGGAGGAGCAAGGGCGUUUGGAGCAGGAGAAGUGGAAGAGGAAGAUAGAGACUGAGGCAAUCGAGACGCAAGAGCAGCUGUCUGACCUCGGUCUCAUAUCUGGCGAGCUUAAGGGGAGUCUGACCCAGAAGGAAAAAGAAAUAACAACCCUGCAGAGUCGGUUGGAGGAGGAGGGUGCACGGCGUGCAGAAGCUCAGAGGUCGCUGAGGGAGGCCAUGUCGCAGGUGUCUGAGCUAAAGGAGGAAGUGGAGAACGAGCGAGGCAUGAGAGAGAGGGCGGAGAAACAGAGGCGAGACCUCGGGGAGGAGCUAGAGGCUUUGAGGACGGAGCUGGAGGAUACCCUCGACACCACCGCCGCCCAGCAGGAGCUCAGGUCUCGUCGGGAGGCUGAGUUAAACGACCUCCAGCGUUGCGUUGAAGAUGAGACGCGUCGACAUGAAGUCCAGCUGUCAGAGCUCAGAGUCAAGCACAGCGCCGCCAUAGACAGCCUUCAGGAGCAGCUGGACAACAGCAAGAGGGCACGUCAGUCUUUGGAGAAGACCAGACUGGUCCUUGAGGAAGAGAAGCAGAGCUUGAGCAUGGAGCUGAAGAGCCUCCAGGCGAGCCGUACGGAGAGCGACCGAGGACGUAAGCGGGCUGAAAGUCAGCUGCAGGAGCUCACUGUCCGGCUCACUCAGACCGAACAAGAGAAGGAGGAUCGAGAGGAGCGAGUGCAGAAGCUGCAGAAUGAAAUUGAGUCUCUCUCCAGCAAUUUGUCCUCCUUUGACAGCAAAUCCCUACGCCUGUCAAAAGAAGUUAGUAGCCUAGAGAGCCAGCUGCGUGACUUGCAGGAACACCUACAAGAGGAGACCCGCCAGAAAUUGGCUUUGGCCGCCAGGGUACGAGCGCUGGAGGAUGAGAGGAAUGGACUAAUGGAGAGGCUGGAGGAGGAAGAAGAGAAAUCCAGGGAGUUGACCCGGCAGAUCCAGACUCACACUCAGCAGCUGGCGGAGAUGCGCAAGCAGUCAGAGGAGGUCAACACGGCGGUGGAGAGCGGCGAGGAGUCCCGCAGGAAGCUCCAGAGAGAGCUGGACGCUGCUGUCCAGAGGGAGAAACAGCGGGAGGAGGAGAAGGAGCGUGUGGAGAGGCAGCGGGAGCGCCUCAGAGAGGAGAUUGAGGACAUGACUCUGGCCCUGCAGCGGGAGAGGCAAAACUGCACGGCUCUUGAAAAGAGACAGAAGAAGUUUGACCAGUGUUUGGCUGAGGAGAAGGCGGUGGGCACUCGUCUGGCUGAGGAGAAGGACCGAGCGGAAGCGGACAGUCGAGAGAAGGAGACGCGCUAUCUUGCCUUGUCCAGAGCUCUACAAGAGGCCCAGGACCAGAGGGACGACCUGGACAGGUCCAACAAGCAGCUUCGCCUUGAAAUGGAACAGCUAGUCAACCAGCAAGAUGAUGUGGGCAAGAACGUCCACGAGCUGGAGAGGAACCGUAGGGCUCUUGAGGCGGAAGCCGAAAGACUCCGUACUCAGACGCUGGAGCUCGAGGAAGAACUGACGGAGGCGGAAAACUCCAGGCUGAGGCUCGAAGUCACCCUGCAGGCGCUCAAGGCUCAGUUCGAGAGGGAGAUCAGCAGCAGCGAAGAGAAGGGCGAGGAGAAGAGAAGGGCCCUCAGCAAGCAGGUGCGGGAGCUGGAGAUCCAGCUGGAAGAGGAGCGCAGCCAGCGCUCCCAGGCCGUCCUGACCAAGAAGCAGCUGGAAGCUGAGCUGCAGGAUUCCGAGGCUCAGGUGGAAACAUCCAGCCGCAGCAAGGAGGACGCCGUCAAGCAUCUGCGGAAGCUACAGAGUCAACUCAAGGAGGCGCUUCGAGAGCUGGAUGAGGCCAAGAUUACUCGAGACGAGGUGAUUACACAGUCCAAAGACAACGAUAAGAAAAUUCAAACCCUGGAGGCCGAAGUCCUGCAGCUCACUGAGGAGCUGGCCGUAUCCGACCGGCAGAGGAGACAGGCUCAGCAGGAGAGAGAUGAAAUGGCCGACGACAUAGUCAACAACAGCUCGGGAAAGACAGCGCUCUUUGAAGAGAAGCGCCGGUUAGAGAUGCGAGUGAGCCAGCUGGAGGAGGAGCUAGAGGAGGAGCAGACCAAUGCUGAGCUUAUUUCAGAGAGACAGAGAAAGAUGGCUCUGCAGGUGGAGACGCUGACGGUGCAGCUGCAGGGCGAGAGGACCCUGGCCCAGAAGGCGGAGGCAGCGCGGGAGCAGCUGGAGCGACACAACAAGGAUAUGAAGACGCGGCUGGAGGAGCUGGAGGGAACUGUCAGGGGUAAACAUCGGCUCAGUGUCGCCGCCCUGGAGGCUAAGAUAGAAUCAAUGGAGGAGCAGCUGGAACAAGAGAGACAGGAGCGUGCCAUUGCCAACAAACUGGUGAGGAAGACAGAGAAGAAACUGAAGGAGGUUAUGAUGCAGGCGGAAGACGAGAGGAGGCAUGCCGACCAGUACAGAGACCAGCUCGAUAAGUCCAUGGUGCGCCUGAGGCAGCUGAAGCGUCAGCUGGAGGAAGUGGAGGAGGAGAACUCGCGCUCCAACGCACAGAAGAGGAAGCUGCAGCGAGAACUGGAGGAGCUGACGGAAAACAGCCAGAGCAGGAUGCGCGAGAUCACCAGCCUGCGCAACCAGCUCAGCGUCCCUGAAUGGAGACCAGAGCAGCGUGCCCCGUUGCCGUUGGCGAUGCGCGGACGCCGGGCUCUGGUGGACGACUACUCGUUGGAAAACUCAGAUUCGGAGGAGCCGCCCGCCUCGCCCACGCCCUCCCUGGGACUGCCCCGAACGCCCACCCCGUCCUCAGACCACAGCCUGGACCCUAAUCCGCCCCCCUACAGCGUCAACAACCUACACCAAUGAUGUACCACAUGCACACACAACACUAGUUUAUUAUAUAAUCAAUGAAUUGCUCUAGGAUGUUGCUUUUUUUCCCCUCAACAAGUGCAAAAAAUGGGAUUUUACUGGAUUUUUUUUACCUUAAAAGGCAACAUCGUAACAUUCUAAAUGACAUCAUGAUGCAGUUUCACAUUUACUAAUACAUUUAAAUGAGCUACACAUCUUAUAGGCGCAGAAAACACUUUGGGUCACAUUGGGUCCUCAAGCCAUUUUUAAGCCUUACGUCAAGGGUGGGCAACCUUUUCCUAUCAGCAGCCAGAUUCAAAUUAUGAUUCAAAAAAAUAAUCCUACACUGUGUUUCCUCAAAUAGUGGCUGUUGUUCACACACAGCUAUGAAUGAGUUAUAACUGGUGAGCUCUUUUGGGUGCAAAACAGCAGCACCUACAGCGACAUCAAAGCAGGGAUUCUUACCACGUCUUAAACUCUGCACAAUGUUAAUAAUGUUACUACUGAGCCCAUUUGUCUGCCAUUGCUAACCAAAGCAGCACCACUUACAGACAUGAAUCAAUGCCUCCCCCAUCUUCAGUUUAGUAAAUCAACACCCACGGCCACUAUUUACAGAAAUAGUAAUGCAGUCCCUCCACAAUGUUGUGAAUGUCCCUCUAAUAGAUGCCUCCCCCCAUCUCCUGACCAAUAUUUAAUGUAUUUAAUCGAUUUGGGACUUCUUUUAUGAGGAUUUAUUUGCUCCGGUGGGCCAUAUCGGAUGCUCCGGUGGCCUCGCGUAUGGCCCAAGAGCCACGGUGGUUCACCUCUGAUGUUAAUUUGACAAAAAUAAAGGGCUCCUGCAGAAUGACAAAUUAGACAAUCUAUAUGCAUAAGCCAGAUAUUUGAUGAAAAGUGUGAAUUUGACCUCAUCCUCUUUUGGGGGUAAAUAUGAUUGAAUCCAUGAUUUCAUAUCAUGUGACUUUUUACAAGCGCCAUUUUAAUGAUGACUGCACUCUUCGCUGACAUGUAAAAGGAAAUUAGCCAGCUCUCUUCUCCCGAACCGCCUACAAGUAGCUCCCAAACGUGUUGUCUAAUAAUUCCGUAGAUAGUGUAUAAUUUAUUCAACAAAAAAAAAAAGACAAUUGUCAAGUCAUUUGAAUUUAUAUAAUUUAUAGCAAGCUGAGUAUGUUCAUGUUUGUUUUUACUGUAUAAACAUUACUGUUUGAUUCA